AUGGAGGCGGCUCCAACUUGCACAACGGCUUUAAAUCAUCAGGAUAGUGAUUCCCCGUCUUCUCUGACCGCAGAGUCGACUAUGUCCGAUUCCCAAGUGAGCCAUUAUUACUCGAUCGGCCGCUGACCUAAAAUUGCGUUACAGGAACAAAUUAUUUCGAAUGAGAACACGGAAACUGACGAAACGGCCGAAGAGGAUAGAAAAAUACGUCGUGUGAACAGACGGAAAGCUUUGGCUAUCGAAAGAAGUCCACUACCGGCUCCGAAGCUCGGAAGAGUGCUCACUUCUGCCAACAACACCAUUGAUCUGACGAACGAAGACGUGAGCGCCAUCUUCCUUUUUUUCAAAUCUAUAAAUUCAGGACGAUCCAAGCAACAAGUGGUUCAAAAAGACAUUCGCCAACGUUCAACGAUCCACAGAGACAAAUAACCCGGAGAAUGGAAAACCGUUCGCCGUGCCCCAUAACAUUCCCAAACAUGCACCGAAAAGCUGUAAGAGGUUCAAACUAAAAUAACAGAUGACAUAAUGAGAAAAAUUGUAGUACUGGUCAGAGAAACUCUUAAGAAGAAACUGCAGGCGUCGAUGUCAGUUAAACGACGGAAAGGUUUUUCAGUGGUUCUAACAGCUUUAAUUAUCAGUUUUCAGAGCAAGAGCAGCGUCGAAAGAUGUACGAAGAGGACAAUGAGCAUCUGAAACCUGGUAGCGACGAGGAAGAAGAAGAGGAGAUAAUCAGAAAGAAGAAAGCGAAGAGGCCGAAAAGAACGACUGACGACGACGAGUAUAACAGUGAAGAUGACGAGGAUUACAAGGAAGAGGAUUCGCCCCCUGAGAACAGCAGUGACGAAGAAUCAGAUGACGAGAUGAAGAAUAAAAUGAAAGAGAAUGGAAAGGCGGAUGAUGAAAUGAGUGUGAACUUCCUCGAUGAUUCCUUCACUUACGAUGUCUUCAACAAUGUCAAAAGACCCGGUCCAGGAUCCACUGUCUCCAACUUUGACAUGUAAGUUUUUCGAUCCAAAUACAGUAAUUCUAAAAAUGUUUUCAGGCGUUCACAAGCUGGCGAUGUGGAGAAGAACGGAGUUCUUCAGCUGCCAACAAUGAAUGGAACUGACGAUUUUGGAGAUAUUUUAAAUUUAUGCUCUGGAAAGUUUAGGGGCACUCAAGAACUUUUAAAUGGGGCGAAUGAAGGACUCCCGGACACAUUGCAAAUGCUGUUGGGUGAAGAAGUUCCGAAAAAUAAGUAAAAAUUCAAAGUGUAGUCGAAUUGUGUAAAGUGUCCUUACAGCAAAAAGUGCGAAUUUGUGAAGGAGACGUCGAAAUCGUUGGUCGAAUCGGAAAACGAAGAAGAAGAGGAGAAUGUGAUGAAGAAGAUACCGAAAAAGGCGAACAGAGUUCUAGACAGCGACGAAGAAGACGAAGAAAUUGUCGAGGAGACUCCAGAGGAAAAUGCUCCGAACCAAGAUAUGUUUGGAACGGAAACAGUUCAAGAAACGGUGCCACUUGAGGAGAAUGUGGAGAAACAUCGAAGGAUUAUUUUUAAUGAUGACGAUAGUGAGGAGGAAGAGGAAGAAUUAGAAGAAGUUGGAGGUGACGACAAAGAUAGAGAAGAAUUGAACGAUGAAGAAGAAGAGGAAGGAGAAGAAGAAGUGGAAGAACAGGAGAAAGAAGAACCCGAACCGAACUUCGAUGACGAGGACGAUGAGUUGGCCGUUAUUAAAAGGAUCGAGCACCAGGAGUACAAACAGAAGCUCAAAAAGAAGACUCUCUUCGACGACGAAGCAUCGUUAUCUGGAGAUGACGUCGGAAGCGAUCUGGAAGACGAAGAAGGCGCAUUAAAUGAGUACGAAGCUGAAGAAGGAGAUGCAGAUGAUAUUCCUGACGACGACACGAUUCGCCGGCAGAAUUAUAAACUUCUGCUGAAGCAGGAGAGCGAUCGAGAACAAAGGGCUCUGGCUAAGCUUCAAGAUCGUCUUCUUGCGGACGGAGACUUGGGAGGAGUGGAGACGAAUAGAAAUUUCCGAUUUAAACUUCGAGAGGAAACAACUGUUCAGAUAACGGAAGAAGAAAAGAAUGAAGACGAUCAAGACGAUGACGAGCAAGAAGAGAGCGAGGAGAAGAAGAAGGAAAGAGCGCAGAUUAUAAAGUAUAAAAUUGAACACGUAAGAUUAUCUCUGUCAGAAUGAAAUUGAUAGAGAGGUUUCAGGCUGAAGAAUUGUUGAUGUUGGACGAUCCUAAGGAAGACAAUGACUUAUUUGAAAGAGCAGGAAAGCUUAUGAAAACGCAGGAGAAGACUGUUGUCGAGUGCACGGAGGAGAUCACAAUGAGGAGCCGCGUCGGCAAGCCUUCCCUGCUCGCGAAGACGACCCUUGCCACGUCAUUCCAAGAAGUACUGGGUGGUGGCGGAGGGGCAAAGCAGAUGUACGUGCAGAAGUACGACGCCCCGUCGAACCUCGCCCCAUCCACGCCUUCUGCUUCUCGUUCGAGUAUCGGAGCUGUCAAACGAGGCCGCUCUUCUCCGGAUACGCCGUCUGUGAAGCGGCUCAGACAGAGCAAACUUAGUGCUCUCGAGUGA